AACCGACCCUCUCUCCUGUGGUGCUCAGGGCAGGAGACCAGUCUCAAGUGAGCUAGGAGCGCCUCCGACACGUGGGGUGGGAAGACCACGACUGAGAGAGGAACCUGCUUCUCACCGAAGCCACCUCCCCAGUGCAGGGGACUGUGCGGAAGUCACGGACACCCCAGGACCGCUAGCUCCACUUCUUGGUUGACUUUGUCCCUGAUUGCUGCCCAAACCCUCUGAGCUCUGAGCUCCCGGGAGAGGCGGGCAGACGCUGCCUGUUCCCGUGAGUCACGAGUGUAAAGUACGCCCAGGGCCUUGGCAGGCAGGUCUGUGCAAGGGUAAGGUGUCAUUAGGUGAACGGUGAGAAAUGCUGCUUUCCAGAGCCCCAGAGAUAAAAGAUAGGAUUCAGGCGCAGCCUUUUCUCUCUCCCACUGAGCUGCGGUGGGAGCUGCAGGGUCCGGGCAGCGACGCGGCGGGGUGGGCGCGUGAGCGUGAGUGCGCGCGUGUGCGUGUGUAUGCGAGUGUGUGCGCGCGUGGCCUUCCGGCAGCUGUCCCGGCCCCCACCCAUCGCACCCGGCCCUGUGGCUGGCCGGCUCCCCCGCGCCUGCGAGGCGACCCCCGUGCGCCCCGGGUUCAAAGGCCCUGCGCGGCAGCUCCAGCCCCUCCGGGGGGCGGGGAGGCGAGGGGGGUGGUGCGGGAAGCAGAAGAGCCGGAGCCCACAGCCGGCCAGACCUGCGCCGGGAUGGGUAGCGCGCUCUGAAGUUCGAGACCGUCGCAGCCAACUCCUGGCCGCAGCCCGGGACGCAGCCAGCCAGUGGUCGGCCUCGAAGACCGCCUAGCCGGAGGGCGAGGCCCGCCGUGCCCGGCACGAGCCCCCUUUCACGGCCACAGGCGUUCGUCCUCCGGCCCGGUGCUCCCGCGGCCGAUCGGGGUUCAUGGAGCUGCGGUUGUGGUUCCUUUUCGGGCUCGCAGUGACCUCUGCCGCAGGAUUGGUGCCUCGCCCCCAGCCUGGGGACGCUGGCAGGAGCGGCGAGCCCCGGGCCCCCUCUGCCGCCACAUCGGAGGGGGACGCAGAGGAGACUGUGGCCACAACAGCAGUGCGCGGUCCAAGCCCCAGAAGCCCUGGGCAGGAGGAGGGACCUGGUCGGUUUGGGGAGCAGGCGGCCAAGGGGGGCCCCGUGCACCACCGAGCCCGGCGCUGUACAUGUUUCACCUACAAGGACAAAGAGUGUGUCUACUAUUGCCACCUGGACAUCAUCUGGAUCAACACUCCUGAGUGAGUCAGCCCUGGGGGCGGGGGCUCCUGGGCCAGGCCCCUCU